UGUUGAAAGCUGUGAAGAUCAAAGAUGUCAAAAUUGGUUGCCGAAAUCAAAGAUAUUUUAAGCCUACAUUUAGUCACCAAUGUACUUCUUUCUGUAUCGUAUUACCUCCUGAAGACCAAUCGUCCAAUAUGUGAAUAUCUUUUUGAUGAUUGCUUCUUAGAACUGAAAGAGUGGGAAUGGCUGACUUUUCUAGGUUGUAUCAUAGUGAUAAAAUGUCGCAAACAUGCUGCAUUUUUGGAUUAUGUGAGUACAGCAUGCAUGUUUGCAAAAUUUUUGAAUGGUGUUAUGAUGUUCAGAGCAAGCCCUAUCUAUGGUCUGGUGUACUUUCUUGUUGUUUUAUUACACACAAUUGUUCUUCCUAGACCUGUAUACCAGGGGCCUGAAUAUAUCACUUAUUUUAGAGGACCUCAUUUACAGGAGGAGUUAGAAAGAGACAAAAGAAUCACCUGGAUUAUUUCAUUUUAUGCUGCCUGGUCACCACAGUGUGUUACAUUUGCUCCAAUAUUCUCAGAAAUUUCAUCUCAAUAUCAUCUAGACAACCUCAAAUUUGGUAAAAUUGAUGUGUCAAGGUAUCCAGAUGUAGGGAAAGUAUUCAAUGUAGACAGUAGCUCAUGGUCAAAGCAGCUGCCAACUGUUGUUGUCUUUGAGAAUGGAAAAGAGACAAAUAGAAAGCCAUUCAUCUCACCAAAGGGCACAGUACUGCGCUACAAAUUCUCAAAGGAUGGAGUGAUUGCUGAUUUUGAUCUCAAUAACAUCUACCAACGAUGUAAACAAAAUCCUUUAAAAGGCUACAAAGACAAAAAUGACAAAGAUGCUGCUAAAGAAAAGAAAGAAAACUGAGGCCAAAAUAUAUUAUUCCAAAGUUGUGCAAUUCAAAAAAAAAGUGACAAAGAAUAGAGUGCAAUGUUAUAUCUGCCUACUGCCAAAUCAGCAGAAGUACCCUUUCAGCACACAUUACAUUAAAUGUUCUGUGUUUUCUGAUAUGUUAAGCAGAAUUCUAAUAUUGUUUUGAUGGGUUAAGGUUUAUUGAAGAGGAUUGAAUGCUGAGCAUGUUAAGAUCAGAAAUAUUCUGAGGCUUUCUAAGUUCAGAAAUGAUACUUGUGGAUGAAUCUCUUCUUUUUAAGUUCACAAUACAAUGAAAUAAAGUUUUCUUUUUUUUUAA